AUGGACGAAAACUACGACGUCAUUGUGCUCGGAACCGGACUUACCGAGUGUGUUCUCUCGGGCCUUUUGUCCGUGGACGGCAAAAAAGUGCUCCACAUUGACAAACAGGACUUCUACGGAGGUGAGCUGGCCUCCUUGAACUUGCUGCAAUUGUACUCCAAAUUCAAGCCAUCCUCCCAGAAGCCAGAAAGUAUUCAGGGUAGAGACAGAGACUGGUGUGUGGAUUUGAUCCCUAAGUUUUUGAUGGCCAAUGGCGAGUUGGCCAACAUUCUUGUCCACACAGAUGUGACCAAGUACAUGGAGUUCAAGCAGAUCGGAGGCAGUUAUGUGUACAGAGGAGGCCGUAUCAGUAAGGUUCCUUCUAACGAGGUUGAGGCCUUGAAAUCCCUGUUGAUGGGUAUCUUUGAGAAGCGCAGAAUGAAGAGAUUCUUGGAAUUCGUCGCUGCCUACGACGACGAGGUUGCUUCCACCCACCAGGGCUUGGACUUGGACAAGAACACCAUGAACGAGGUUUUCACCCACUUUGGCUUGGAGAGAGGAACCAAGGACUUCAUUGGCCACGCCAUGGCUUUGUGGGCUAACGAUGACUACCUCAGUGAGGUUGCCAGACCAACUUACGAGAGAAUCCUCCUUUACGUCCAGUCCGUCGCCAAGUACGGCAAGUCUCCAUACAUCUACCCCUUGUACGGCUUGGGUGAGUUGCCUCAGGGCUUCGCUCGUUUGUCCGCUAUCUACGGUGGUACCUACAUGUUGGAUACCCCAAUUGAGGAGGUCUUCUACGACGAGAACAAGAAGUUCUCUGGUGUCAAGACCAAGGAAGGUAUUGCCAAGGCUCCAAUUGUCAUUGCCGACCCUACAUACUUCCCAGACCGUGUCAAGAAGACCGGCCAGAAGGUUAUCAGAGCCAUGUGUAUCAUGGACCACCCAGUCCCCAACACACACGACUUGGACUCGGUCCAGAUCAUCAUUCCGCAGAACCAGGUCGGCAGAAAGAACGACAUUUACAUUGCCGUGUUGUCAGACGUCCACUGUGUGGUGCCAAAGGGCUACUACUUGGCCAUUAUCUCCACUAUCGUAGAGACCGACACGCCACACGUCGAGUUGGAGCCAGCUUUCAAGCUCUUGGGCUCUCGUCUCGACACCUUGAUGGGACUCGCAGAAUUGUACGAGCCUCAGGAUGACGGAAGUGAAACCAGCAUCUACCUUUCCAAGAGCUACGACGCUUCCUCCCACUUUGAGUCCGCUACCGACGACAUCAAGGAUCUUUACUUCCGUGUCACAGGCAAACCUUUGAUUUUGAAGAACCGCGCCGCAGAGCAAGACUUGGAGAACCCCGAGUAA